CAAAAGUAGGUGUUGAUCGUGUGCCUCGGAAUCUGACGGCGUGAAGGCCCGUGCGCCGGGUCUUUCCCAAAAAUACCGAAAUCACUUUUGGAAAGUCAGCCUUUCCACAACAUCUCCAGCCGCAACAUCUGGCACAUCGAAUUAGAGAAUUUGGAGGCUAUUUCUUGUUCACAAACCACUCCCUGAGUGCUCCGCCUCUAAAAGAUAUCCAAAAUGGCAGACGCUGCGCCGGACACACCUGUCGUGUCCUCUUCCCCAAGCUUGCCAACCAGCUCACCACCUUCGAGCGCUGCAGAACAAGCACGCAUCCGCAAAGAGCGACGAGAAGCCAAGAUCAGAGCAGGAGGCUCCGCAAGAUUGAACAAGAUUACCGGAUUAGGAGGAGGCGUCCCAAAAGAGCCUCCGCAACAACCUACAUCCCACGCAGACCCAGAUGAAGUCGACAUCUCCCAGCACUACUACGAGCCACAAACCGCACGUCGCCCCCAAAACGCAUCCUCCCAGCCUGCCAUCUCCGACGACCAACUGCGCCAAAUGAUGCUCGGCUUCGAUCCCUCAGCAACCCCUCCGCUCGGCGGUCCCCAAAACCCAAAUGCAAACCCCUUCGCUGGUUUCCCAGGCAUGGGAGGAAUGGGUAUGCCGCCUGGUAUGGAAGGAAUGGGAGGACCGCCUGGCGCAGAAGACCCAAUGAUGAAGAUGCUUCAACAAAUGAUGAGUGGUGCCGUACCGGAAGCAGGACCAGGUGGGAUGCCUGCGUUUCCCGGUAUGCCAGGUCAACUUACUACCACCGCUGAUCCCUCAGCGUACCUCUGGCGUAUUGCCCAUGCAUUGUUCGCCCUCAGUCUGGGUCUCUACAUCACCUUCACGACACCCUUCACCGGCACACGCCUGGAACGAGAGACUUCGGCACUAGGUUAUACCCCAGGCUCGGAUGUACUUACACCCUCCUCAGUCCACUUCUUCUACCUCUUCGCCACCGCUGAAGUUAUCCUGCAAAGCUCUCGAUUCUAUCUUGAGAAAGGGAAGGGGGAGCAGAGUGGGUGGGUGGGUAUGGUGAUGGGGUUCUUGCCUGAGCGGUGGAAGGGAUAUUUGGCUUGGGUGAUGCGAUAUUCCAGGAUUUGGACCACCGUUAGUGGGGAUGCCAUGGUCUUGAUAUUUGUGUUGGGAGUGUGUGCUUGGUUGAGAGGAGGUGUUUAGCUUGCUGCGAUAUUCACAAAAGAAGAAUUUAAAUAUGACAUUGAGAUUGUCAUUGCACAAACGAUACUUGG